AUGAAGUACCUUACAAUUGAGGAGAGACAACAGGUAGUCGGGGAGUAUUUUGCCCCUAAAGGGCUGUAUGAGUACACGAAGAGCCUCCCAUUUCUCGGCCGCGUGAAGAGUGACGUCUCUACGUUGGUCGCUGGUGAAUGGACCGAGCUUAUUCUAGAUUAUGAGGUCGGGGCAUCGGGUCUUGCAGACGGCGCCUGGAUUAAAGCCACCUUCAAGUUUUACUCUGAUUGGGCUCUUUUCCAGACCUCAGACCCCACCGAGGACAACUAUGUGAGCGCUGAGUAUUUGCCCAACGAGCUUGUUAGCGGACAGUCAGCCGCAACGGUCCAGUCACUGGGAAUUCGUUUUGAUCAAAAGGGCCAUGAGAGGCCUUUCCAGAAAGCUGUCAUUGUGGAUAUUCAAGAUGGCUAUCUGAACCCCGGUGAUCGUAUCCGUAUUCGACUCGGUGAUCGCCGAUUUGGUGGAAAGGGCACUCGGAUACAAACCUUCAUAGAAAAGGACUUCCGAUGGCGAUUUUACAUUGAUCCUGUUGGAACCUCUCGAUUUGCUCCAAUUCAACCAGAUCUUUCUUGGAACAUCAUAUCUGGACCACCUUCCCGCAUCCAGUCUGUUUCGCCGAGACUAGUACAACCUAAUGUACCAUUCGCAAUCCAUGCCCAUGCGGAAGAUAAAUGGGGAAAUGUGACUCGCGAUCUUCAAGAUAUGGUUUUCAGGCUGAAGGUCUCAACGGAUGACUCCCAAGUACUCUUCGAAAAGGAGCUCGCAAUGUCGAAACCGGGCUGGACAAACGCUAUCUUUUCUGACAUCCAGCUAGCUGCUGAAGGUGACUACACAGUGUAUAUCUCGCUGAACGCCAAAGACGGGCCCGUUCUGAAAUCAAGCAUUUCUCAUGUCAGUGUGUCCUCCGACUUGAACGUUCCCAAGAUUCUGUUUGGUGAUCUCCACGUUCAUUCGGAUGAUACCGUUGGUACCGAAAACUCUGCAUACAAUUUCUCCUACGGUCGAGAGAUUGCAGGUCUAGACGUUCUUGGGUACACAGCAAAUGACUUUCAGAUCACUAAGGAGCGCUGGGACGCCACAAUCAACCUCAUCCAGGCACUUAAUGAGCCCGGUAAAUUCAUCAUCUACCCUGGUACUGAGUGGUGUGGAAACUCCGCGGCUGGGGGUGACCACAAUGUCAUCUUCCUAGAGGACCCCGAGGAGCAUCCUCCGGAGUUCCCUUAUGAUCGACACGGAAACGUCGCACGUUCAUUCGAAUGGUCCGAACAUGGUCCGAAGGAUCUCGUGCCGGGAGCUUGGCCACUGGAUGAGGUGUACGCCACUUAUGCUGGAGAUGCCGAUAAACAUCUCCUUAUUCCUCACGUCGGAGGACGUCGGUGCAAUCUUUCCUGGCAUCAUCCUAAGCUCGAGCGGCUAGUCGAGAUUGGCAGUGCUUGGGGGCAAUUUGAGUGGCUCCUUCAGGACGCCGUUCAGCGAGGAUGGAAGCUUGGAGUAUCUGCCAAUUCUGAUGAACACCGUGGCCGAUGUGGUGGAGGGGUUUCUGGCACUGCAGUAUUUGGUACCCGAGGAGGUCUAACGGGAAUUAUUUCACCUCGACUCGAUCGAAGUACGGUGGCUAGUUCCUUAAGAUCGAGGCAUACUUUUGCAACUACCGGGCAGCGUUUGGUCGGUCUUGUUUCUGCUAAAACCAAAGACGGCAUUGCUCUACAGGGUGACGAAGUCGACGUUUCUUCUGAUGAGGCCUUGGAUUUGGACUAUCAUUUCCUCGGGAAAAAGGCUUCUCGUCCAUUGAAGCGUUCGAUGCAUCAGGUUUGA